AGGCCUAUGUAUUAUGUUGAUUUAAUCUUGUUUUUUGCUUAUGUUUGUUCUUUUGUCUUGGCGAUCACUCGAUAGUGUUUUACACUUUUGGUAAUCCUUUGAGGGUAAUUUUCCUUAUCCUCAAAUGUUGUAAUAAAGGAAAAUAAAAUAAAAUGGGUCUCAUAUUUAAUAUUUUAAUAAUUAUAGUUUUAACCACUACCAUACUAAAUCAAAGUCGUCUGUGUCAGAACAAUACACGCCCUCAUCUACUCUUCUUUCACACAGAGAGAAAGUCUAACUCAUUCAUACAACUGAUAAUGAUGUUUUUGUCGAAGGGCUAUGCUCGAUACGAUAAUUACAUAAUUUGUUUUUAUAUUCGAGCGCUGUAAGUCUUAACAUUUACUAAAUACAAUUAAUGAAGCUUAUAACCACAAUGGCGUUGUGAUGAAUCAAAGCUUCAGUAGUAAUUGUAUACUUGCCAUUCUGUUUAUCCUUUUAUUUUUAACAAAAGCUACUAUUUAAAUGCAUCAGUAGGGCUACAUGUUUUUCGAGGAAAUUGGCACAAUUACUGUAAGAGUCACUUAAAGAAAAUGACAAUUUUGAAAUGUUUUCAAGAAGGAAGUCACCCAAAUUCUGAAAUUAGUUUACAGAAAAGUACAAUUACAGGUUUUCCAAGAACCAAGUCAACCCAUUUCUCCUAUGCGUCAAAUUGUUUAGGGUAAAAGCUACUGUUCCAUACAUUCAUAGGCCUACGAGUGUAGCCUUAGCUCUCUAUUGAAUUUUUAACUUAACCAUAAUUCAUCUGACAAACGUAAUGAUUUGCAGUGUCGUUCUGUAAGUUGCCAGCUAUAGAUUUCAAGUACAUCGACCGAGAAUAAUUGGAUUGGCAAGCGCUAUUCAAGUCAUAAUGUAUGCCUCUACUACUUUACCGCAUUACAUCACAAUGUCACUGUCAUUUUACCAUCAGUGAAAUGCAAGUAAAUAUGCAUUCUCUAAGCAAUCCCUCUUCACGGUAUCCACUAGUGAUCCAACUAGUUUCGUAAUAGGCCUAUUUAGGCUUUGUUUUUUGUAUAUUUUUUAACUGCGAGUAACUGGUCAAUUACAGAUACAAAUAAUCUGUAAUGUGAUGGAACCAAGUUGCGUAUCAUCAAGGAGCUUAGGGAGUAGAAUUGUGUCAAGUCACAAGAUAUGUUGACACUCUCUUGACUAACAAAAUUUAAUUAUACGUAACUGGUUAACAUGUGACUGUGAGAAUUAUUCAUUUAUGGAUCAAUGCUGCACUGAAUGGGUAUAUUUCUUUCUAGGCCAUAUAGGCAGAUCCGAGCGUAAUGAAGGUUAAUGUCCAUUCUAUUUGUUAACAGAUCUUAACACUCCUUAAAUGACGGAAGAAUAGCAUUUACUUGGCUUACAGUAUGCCUAUUUUUCUGUUUAUAUUAUUAGUCAAUAAGAAUUAGCUCUACCAAGGCAAGUACAGUAUACGUACUUGUGCAUGUUAACACUCACCUAUCAUAUUUUAAUUUUUUAUUAAUUUUUUCUUUCAAUUAUUGUUUAAUAUAUUAAAUAUUAGGUUUAUCACACACUCUAAUCCAAUCCAAUCAAAACGUAGACUAAAAAGGCGUAUGAAGUCCUAGUAACCGAAGAUGAGGGAGUGUUCGAAAAGAAACAAAUUGAGAAAUCAAAGGGAUACAGAAAGCCAGACGACAAAGGGACACAGAAAGCCAGAAACAAAAAAGUAUAGUUUAAGGACAAAGUAAGUAACAUUAGGUAAGGAAGUCAAUGGUCGCGUAGUCUGUAAGAACUUGUUCUUGUAAAGGGACCACUGUAUAAUCUGUUGUAAAUAUUUUAAAAAUGAGGCAAUGAACAGAGUAGAAACGUCCAGACCACUCCAGUGAUGGAAAGUUGUGCAUGUUUCAUUUUCCAUGUAAGCCUACAGAUGAUUAAUUCCAUGCCCAAAGUUAAUAAUAUUAUCACAGCCUAUGUAACUACGUAGGACUAGACUCUUCAAAAGUUUUUUUUUUUUUUUUUUUUCGGAUUAUGAGUUUUUUGUAACACCCACAUAUUAGCAAUGUAGAGAAAUGUUCGCAAGGUAAAGGUAAAGGUAGAAGAAUAACCCAUAACUUGCAGCUUCAUUGUGCUGAAUUGCGUAUGGGCGUGGUCCGUGACUAUCUAGCAGCCGUAAAAGAGGCGCUUAUAGUAGCUACACUACAUGUUCAAAUCAUUCCACAAUGGGUUGAAAUGAACCAUAGUAUCGGGGUAAACUCCCCCCCCCCUACUCUUCCGACAGAUGCAAUAGGUUCUUUAAAGUUCACACGAGCCAGAUGUGUACACUGGACCUCCUUAGAGAAGAUAACCAUGGAAGAGGUGCGGCUGGAACAAGCGCUGAUGUUAAAUCUUUAGUUAGCGGCGCCCCUGCCUUCCACUCGGCCACUCAACUCGCCCGAAAAAUAACACUUUUGAACUACAGUACAUGCAGACAUUAAUGAUAACUACAGGUAGAAAAUGACGGCUGAAAUUAACCAUAUUUCAUGAGCCAAAACGUAAAGUUAAAAAAUAAAAUAUUUAAAGAAAGAACUAUUUAAAUAAUCAUUUGUUAUCUUCCCCUUAUUUUAGGCCCAUUUUGUACACAAACGUUCUAAGAUUAUUCACAUUUUGUUAGUAAUUGAUCUGUAUGUGAUGGAUUCGACUAAAGAUAAGAAAUACGACAAGAUGAUCAAUCAAAAUGCUAUCUAAAUAUUAAAGCGGUAGUCAGACAGUUCAGUCAAUACAAAAAAGAUAUCUGAAGUCCACGUGAGCACGAUUGUUGGAUGGAAAAAUAAUGACACACAUUAGCAAUGCUAUAUUACUUCAUUUUUUAAAAAUAAAAUUUGAGUGUCAAUAUUGUACCAGAGUCGUAGAAACAUUGAGGCAAUCGAAAUAGCUUAGGUCUAGUAUUACAUUGUUUGCUUGAGCAUUAAUGUAAAUAUGGAGAGAAUUAGCAAACAUGAACUUAUGAUAUUUGGUUCUAACAUUCCUUGAUUUUAGUACAAAUGAUUUACUAGAGCCUAUAUUAACAGAAGUAUUCUCAUUUUUGCAGUUUGUGUAAAAUAGGAACGAGUUCUCUUUCUCAUUUUUUAAAUCUUUGUGUACUCCAUGUUAGCACCCAUUAUUGUGCGAUUGGUUCUUAUCCAAUAAAUCUACAGCUUUUGUAUUCGCAUUUUACAUUUAAGUUCAAUAUAAAAUACAAAAGCACAAACACCUAUACCUAAACUAAUUUAAAAAUACACAAACAGAAUGCAGACAAUAAAUUAUAAACUGUACCGCUAAGCGGUUAUAAAACUGGGCCUUCUUAAAAGGCCUUUCAUUUUUUCCCUAAAAUUCAUUAAAAAAUAUCUAACACUAUAAUUGUAUUAUAUAUCAUUGUUUUAGAUAUUCUGAAUGUAUUUAGGAAAGGCAGUAGCCCUGCACAGCAAUUUUCAAUCUUAGGUGUUGCUAAAAUCAAUUUAUCAAAAUAUAGACUACAAUAGAUCCGAUACGGUUUGUAUCUUGUCACUGCUGUCUGCACGACGCCCCCUUACAUCUAUAUCAAUAUCGAAAUAUGAUUUACCUAUCCAUCACAAUGGCAUUAUAAAAAAGGCUCAUGUUUGCGUAGACGUCUCGAUUAUAUCGAGUGAACUUUAAACCCAUAGGUCUAUUAUUACUUUCAUGUAGGGUUAAGCUGUAGUAGUUCUGGUAGCGGAAUCGAUUUACUAAGCUUAUGAAAGCUAAAUACAGAGAUGUGUUUUUGGUUUAUACAUACUUUUCGGAAUCUCAAAAGAUGAGUAGCAAAGAAAAUGUUGAGCAAUGUUUCAGUUGGGAACAACCUCCAUCUCCGGUAACAAAUAAUUAUACAUUUAUCAAUCAGGAGAUAUCGUCGGGUUGUGGUACACCAUCGAUGACCUCUUCUUUGAGAAUUACUCGGCAACCAAUUAGUCGUUCAUCGGUCAGAAAAUACCGACUUGGUUCAGACGAAGAAUUCAGAAGUUUCAGAAGCAAAUGUGUCCGCACAUUAUGUAAUCCAGUCACAUUUUUUAUUCUUGUGUGUAUUAUUUUAUUCACAAGCUCAGUAAUCAACAUUAUCUGGUUGGAAAAUGUACACAGCACACUCGAGAAACAGUUUGAUCUUCCCUACAAUCUUAUCAUGCGUUUAAACGAGGUUAGCUUCCUGUCAACUAUUUUAUUCUGGUCUUACAUAGGCUCCAAAUCUAACCGACCGAGGGUGAUUGCAGUUGGGGCAAUUCUAAUGGCUAUAGCAAUUGGUAUCAUUGCUUUAUCGAAUGUAUUACUAGAUCCAAAGCAGUACUUAACAAAAUUUACUCACAUUAAACAUCAAAGCAUUUUGUGUACUAAUGAUAGUAACCAUACUGACUUUACUCUAAACGAUGAAUAUAAUAAAUAUAACUCUAUGUCAUCACCAAUGGUGUUUUUAGUAAUGCUAGGACCUAUUUUGUAUGGAAUAGGCAAAGCGCCUCUCUUUCCUCUGUCGAUUACCUAUCUGGAUGAUUCUACCAAAGAGCAACACACAACCUCUAUUUAUAUAGCUAUAUUAGCAAGUGCAGCAGCCGGUGUCGGUCUUGCGCUUCGUCUUAUAAAUUGUCUUGGCUUCUUAAGUUUUUCUGUUAAUAAAAAAGGAAACCAACGUAAAGAAACUUCACAUGGACUACUUGCUCGUAACGUCUGGUGGCCUGGCUAUGUGAUUGGAUGUAUAAUUUUGUUGAUCUGCGCUAUUGUACUGUUAUUUUUUCCAAGUACACCACAACCUACAUGCUGCAGGCCAAAGAAAAGACGACGUUCAAGUAGCUGUAAUUCAGAAGAGGUUUGUGGCACCAUUCAUUCAUCUCGGAAAAAUCCAAGCUCUAAAGAAACUACGAAGCUAAGAUUUAAAAGACGAAUUUGUGAGUUCUUCAAGACGGGUAAACGAAUGAUAACAAACUGGGCUCUUCUACCAGUGCUUCUAGUUGCCAGCGGUGAAGCUGCCCUCAUUGUCUGUAUAAUAUCUUAUAUUGUUAGUUUCAACGAUAAUGCGUUUUCUGAUUCUAACGCCUCUGCUCUUAUUAUUGAAGCUGUCAUUAUAGUAUUAGCAGUAAUAGUUGGAAAUAUUACAAGUUGUGUAUACGUGAUUAUAAGAAAGCCGACACCCAGACAGCUUGCACGUUCUCUAUUGGUACUGUGCGUCUUAGGCGUACUGAUAUCACUACCAAUGUUUUCGACUGGUUGUGACAAUCCUGAGAUAUCUGGACUUCCAUUAGAGGAAAGUCUGUGUGGUUGUUCAUGUCCCAGCAAUACGUAUUCACCAGUCUGCGGCAAAGAUGACGUCACGUAUGUGACGCCUUGUCAUGCCGGAUGCGAAGGUGUUGAAUUCAAUAGCAAUGAAAGUAAUAAGGUGUAUAUUGACUGUUAUUGCGUUUCAUCCAAAGAUGUAAACCAAACAGAUCUUGCUUCUGACCAUGUUGUUGAAGGGGAAUGUGAAUGGAACUGCGACAUGUUUAUACCCAUCACUAUUUUCAUAGCUUCCAUAAUUUUUAUAGAGUCGUUUAAAAUCAAUCCUACAAUAAUUAUUACAUUGAGGUUUCUUCCCGUCAUUAUAUUACACUAA